AUGGAUAUGCUCUCUUUUUCUUGUGUACGACCACAUACUAUCUUUUCUAAAACAUAUUACUUAAAAGUAAUAGAAGAUGAAGUUAUAAUUUCUGCAGUAACUUAAUUAUGUUAUUUAUUUAGUUCAACAAUUUCAAGAAUCCAAAAUAUAAAAUAGAACUUAAAUUAUCAACUUAAAUAGUUUGGAAAAUGGGGAAAUAAAAUUUAAAAGCAUUUGGAAUAUUUUAUCAGAAUAAAAUCAAAUAUUUUGAAGCUUAACAUAGUUAUUUGGAAUAAUUAAAAAAAUUGAUUGGAGGACGAGUAAUCUAUAGAAAUAUGGCAUCUUUUUAUGAACCAAUAUAAUUUAUUGGAGAAGGAAUGUCAGCAAAAGUAUAUUAAUUAAUAAAUUAACAAUUUUAGGUAUUUCGAAGUAUAGAGAAAUUAACCAAUAAGGUUGUAGCAGUAAAAAUGAUUAAACAAGAGUUUGGGAGAGAAGAACAGGCUUUAGUAAGUUUUUAAAUAAAAUUUAAUUAGGACAUAGUCAAAACAGAAGUAAAAAUAUUGUAGUCACUUAAUCAUCCCAACAUAAUAAAAGUGCUUGAAGUUUAUGAAAAUGACUAGACUUUUUGGAUUGUAUAAGAGUUUGUUCAAGGAACACCUUUAAGUGAAAUUUUAAAAUAAAAACUACCAACAGAAUAGAUAAAGAUGAUAAUGAUCGUAUAUAAACAUGAUAUAUUAAUAGGGUUUGUUAAAUACUGUAAGUUAUUUGCAAUCACUAAGAAUUGUACAUAGAGAUAUUAAACCAGAAAAUAUUAUAGUAUAAAAAGAUGGUUCAAUUAAAGUAAUUGAUUUUGGAUUUGCAGCAAAUUUGAAAUUUGGAUCUGUAAGUAGUGUAUGUGGGACACCAGGUUAUUAUGCACCUGAAGUACUUAGAUAAAAAGAAUCAAGUUUUAAUUCUGAUAUGUUCAGUGUUGGAGUUGUGUUAUUUAAUUUGUAAUUAUAUAUAUAUCUAUAUUAGAAUAACAAAUCAACCUAUGCUUAAAUCAAAGAUGUAUAAUCCUUAAUAAUAUGUGGCAGAUGAAGAAGCAGCUGAUUUAUUGAAAUAAAUAUUGGAAGUAGAUCCAGCAAAACGAUUUACAGCUUAAUAAGCAUUAUAACAUCCUUAUUUUAAAGGAUUUUAUUAAAUAAAUGAGAAACAAGAUAUUCAUUAUUCAUCUGAACAUCAAAUAUUACAAUAAUAAUUACAAAUUAAUUAAUAACAACAAUAUUAACCAAAAAAAAGUAAUAAAAGUUUAGAUGCUAAAACAAUCAAAUCUCUUCGAACUACUAACAUAAUGGAUUAAUGA